AGCCACCCGGUGCACCUCCCCCACCGCACCGCCCUGUCUCCUACUCCUCCUCCUCCUUCAGUCAUCCUCCCCCAACCCGCCACCUUCCUCAUCCUCCGCCAUUUCCCCCCUGUCGCGGCAAGGCGACAGGGUUUGGCGUCCUUUCCUCCGCCGCCUAGUAGAUGCUCUCUUCCUCCUCCGAUCACGUGGUGCUGUUGGUUAUCUUCUUCUUCGUUUCGGUUCUUGCGGCGUUCUCGGAGACUUCGGCUUCCUCUACGGCGCUCUUGCUCUUUGGCGAUUCGGCAUGUCUCCGUUCCACGGAUACCGAGGUGAUGGGGCUCUCUUCGGCGGCGGCGUCCGGCCUAGGAAGCGAGUGUUCGCGUCGGCAGCUGGCGAGGCCGUGACGGCAGCGGCCAAGAAGCAGAAGCGGAGGGAGGAGCCAUCCCUCGACGCGCUCCCGGACGAGUGCCUCUUCGAGGUCCUGCGCCGCGUGCAGGGCGCCCGCGCGCGGUGCGCGUCCGCGUGCGUCUCACGCCGCUGGCUCGCGCUCCUUGGCGGCAUCCGCGCGUCCGAGACCGUACUGGUCCCGGCCCCCACCGUGCCGGACCUCAACCAGGAGUACCUCGGCGGGGACGAGGACGACGCGGAGUCCGAUUUCAUGUGCGACGACGGCGACCGCGAGAGGGCCCUCGUGGGCAAGGUGGCCACGGACGCCCGCCUCAUGGCGGCGGCCGUCGCCGAUGCGCUCCGCGGCCGUCUUGUCAGCGUUUCCGUCCGCGGGAGCCACCCGACGCGCGGCGUCACCGACAGCGGCCUCUCCGCGCUCGCCCGUGGCUGCCCGGCGCUCCGUUCGCUUUCCUUGUGGGAUGUUCCGCAGGUGACAGAUGCCGGGCUCGCAGAGGUCGCCGCCGAGUGCCACUCGCUGGAGCGCCUUGACAUCACUGGCUGCCCGCUGAUCACCGACAAGGGCCUCAUUGCGGUCGCUCAGGGGUGCCCGGACUUGAAGUCACUGACCAUCGAGGGGUGCUCUGGUGUUGCCAACGAGGGCCUCAAGGCAAUUGGCCGGUGCUGUUCAAAGCUGCAGGCGGUUAACAUCAAGAACUGCGCACAUGUUGAUGACCAGGGUGUGUCUGGCCUCGUCUGCUCCGCGACAGCCUCAUUGGCCAAGGUCCGGCUCCAGGGUUUGAGCAUUACGGAUGCCUCGCUUGCUGUGAUUGGAUACUACGGGAAGGCAAUCACAGACCUCACUCUCGCUCGCCUCCCUGUGGUUGGUGAGAAGGGGUUUUGGGUGAUGGCCAAUGCCCUGGGCCUGGGCCUGCAGAAGCUCAGAUGUAUGACUGUCAUGUCCUGCCCAGGACUCACGGAUCUUGCUCUUGCAUGUGUCGCCAAGUUCUGCCCAAGUUUGAAGCUUCUGAACCUUAAGAGGUGCAGCAAGGUCUCAGAUGGUUGUCUCAAGGAAUUUGCGGAAUCAGCAAAGGUUCUGGAGAAUUUGCAGAUGGAGGAAUGCAACAAGGUUAGUCUCAUGGGCAUUCUUGCUUUUCUCCUCAACUGCAGCCCAAAGUUUAAGGCCCUCUCUUUGGUCAAGUGCAUCGGGAUCAAGGACAUCUACUCCACACCUGCACAGCUUCCAGUAUGCAAAUCGCUUCGUUCCCUGACCAUCAAGGAUUGCCCGGGUUUCUCAGAUGCCAGCUUGGCCGUGGUGGGCACGAUCUGCCCUCAAUUGGAAAAUGUCAAUUUGAGUGGUCUUGGUCCAGUUACCGACAAUGGCUUCCUUCCGUUGAUCAAGAGUUCCGAGAGUGGGCUGGUCAAUGUUGAUUUGAAUGGUUGUGAGAAUCUCACAGAUGUAACUGUUUCUGCUUUGGUGAAGGCACAUGGCAGUUCUCUUGCACACCUUAGUCUUGAGGGCUGCAGUAAGAUAACUGAUGCAAGCCUGUUUGCCAUCUCUGAGAGCUGCAGCCAGCUUGCUGAGCUUGAUCUUUCAAAUUGCAUGGUCAGCGACUAUGGUGUUGCGGUCUUGGCAUCGGCAAAGCAGCUCGAGCUUCGCAUCCUCUCACUGUCUGGCUGUUUGAUGGUCACCAAGAAGAGUGUUCCUUUCUUAGGCAGCAUGUCUUCAUCUUUGGAGGGCCUCAAUCUUCAGUUCAACUUCAUUGGCAACCACAACAUUGCAUCACUGGAGAAGCAACUCUGGCGGUGCGACAUCCUUGCCUAGAGAACAAGAAGGCAAUUAGUUGCUGAAGGUGCUGGGUCAACCUUCUCAAGAUGCAAAUAUACGAUCGUAGCGGUAGUACUUCAGUCAAGCUUCAUAUAUGAGUCUGGUUUUUGGCUCGUGUUAGUGUGAUGGUGAGUUUUCUGUUGGUCUUAGAGCCGGCUGUUUUCUGGGGGGACAUUUUGGCCAAGGCUUGUUUUUUGCAGGUAUCCUCCUGUGAGGAUGUCUGUUCUUUGAGUUUUCGGCAGCCAUCAGUGUGGCACCCUGCCCCUCCAUCCCAAUCUAAGCCCUUGUGAUUACAGUCAUUUCACCAUGCAGUUUCUCAAGUCAUGUUUGGAGCUCAAGUAUUGUCAAGUUCGUCUUCUUUUCCAGUACUUCUGGUUAUAGAGUUGCAGAUAUCUGCGGUCUUGAGUUUGUACCAAGUUCUAUUGUCGGUGCUACCACCAUUGGGAGAUGAUUAGCUCCAUGUCUUUGAUGUUUGGGUGUCUGCAAUCUCUUCGAGUCCGAGCAUUUGUUCCAGUCUCUUGUGUCGUGUGCAGUGUGUUGUUGGUCAUGGAUGGUUGCGUUUUUACGGUGUGUAGUGGUUGCCUAUAUCCUUGGAGAUCUGACCUUGGCAAAGGUUCAUACUAGAUAGCCUUGCCAUGUCAACCUUGGGUGGUUGUUUUUCUUCUCCAGAGACCUGAUUUUGCAGGCAGGUGAUUGGCUACUGUAAUCUUUGCAACCUUCUGAAAAUAAAUAAAGUUUGUGUUUGUGCUCAA